GAUUAAAAUAGUUGAAAAUAUAAAUAAUUUAUUAUCUGUUAGCCCAUAAUGGACUGUGGAAUUGAAAUUGACUGAGUGAACCCUAAAAUGAAAGAUGAGAAUACAAGUGAACAAGCUUGGGACUCUGUAUGGAAGAAUAACAAUAAUUUUGUCCCUACAAAAUAUCCAAAACAACAGAACAAGUCUGAUUGGCAGUAUUCAGCGAAGGGCCAGAACUUAUACAGGACACCUAAAUCAAAAGGCAACAAAUCUUUGUUAUCUUCAAAGCUUCAUGAGAGUAAAGUAUUAGAGGAAGGAGCUGUUGGGAAGACUAUUGCCUUAUCCCCCUCUUUAAUCCCAUCUUCCAGUGAAGUCAUUCUUCCAAAAUAACUCCCACAUCCAGAUCAGAGAUAUUUCCUCAGUUAGGGAUGCAAUGAAUUCACAUUCUAAAGAUAUACAGUACCAGGACGGAAAUGUAAAGACUAGUAGAAAUUUCACCCCUUUAUUUGUUAAUCAGAGAUUAAGACCAAUUUCAUUCAAAAGAACUUCUAAGAAGCUUAAGACAAGCUGAAAAUCUACCAGAAACAAAUCAAAAUUUGGAAGAAAAUAAGAGAACUCCAAACAAAUUCAGACUGCCUUUGAACCACCUAUUA